AUGACAGACCCUGUGCUGCGACAGGACCUGCAUAUCGUGACGGAACCCCCGUAUCGCGACAUCGUGACGUCACGGUCGGUUCCGGUGGUGACGUCACCGCCGCUUCCUGUCCGCGUGUCCCCCGCAAUCCCCGCCUUUUCAUCCUGGUCCUGCCCCCUCCGUGGCCCCGCCCUCCUGACCGCGCCCCUCCCACGCAGGCCACGCCCCCUCCUGCGACCCAAUUGCUGGGUCUUUAUCGGCCCCGCCCCCGUCUUGGCCCCGCCCAUAAAUCCACCCAGUCCUAAUGAGGCCCCUCCUCUUACCCCGCCCGGGCCCCGCCCCCGGGCUGUCAUUGGCUUCUCCCGGCUCCGCCCCCGGCCCGCCAUUGGCUCAUCCCGGCCCUCCCCCCCAGGCCCCGCCCCCGGUCCGUUCCCGGAUCCUCCGCCGGCGCCGCUUCCCGGGAUCGCUCGGCCCGGACCCGCCGGGCCCCAGGCCGCCCCGGCGCCCCCGCCCCGCCAUGUGGCUCUUCUCCCGCGACCCCGUGCGGGACUUCCCCUUCGAGCUGGGCCCGCCCGACGCGGACCCGGCCCCAGAGCCGCCCCGGACCCCGCGGCCCCGGCCCCGCUCUGGCGGCUCCAGCGGGGCCGCCGCAAGGCCGACGGGACCCCCGUGUCCGUGUUCACCCACCCGCUGGGCCCGGGGGGCGACCCCGGGGGGGCCGCGCUGGCCCGGGCGGGGCUGAAACGGCUGCGGAGCCUCCGCCACCCCAACGUGCUGGGGUACCUGGACAGCCUGGAGACGGAGCAGUGCCUGUACCUGGUGACAGAGGCCGUGACCCUCUGCGGGCACCUGAAGCUGCACCCCCCAACCGGGGACUCGGGGGAGCAGGAGGUGGCCUGGGGGCUGCAGAGGCUGCUGACUGCCCUGGCCUUCCUGGGGGCCUCGGGGCUCGUUCACCACUCGCUGGGACUCGACGCCGUGUUCGUGGACCCGGGGGGGGAGUGGAAGCUGGGGGGGCUCGAGAGGGUGGGGGCUGCCAGCGAUGGGACUCCCCCUGCCCCCGGGAGCCCCCGGCCCCAGGACCCCCUGAGCUCAGCGACCCCUCCAGAGGAAGGGGAGCCCUGGGCAGGAGACAUGUGGCGCCUGGGCUGCCUCAUCUGGGAGGUCUUCAAUGGGCCCCUCCCCCGGGCAGGGGCCCUGCGCAGCUUCGGCAAGCUGCCCCCCGGGCUCAUCCCCCCGUUCUCAGAGCUGGUGGCUGCAGAUCCGGGGGCUCGGCCGGGCCCAGGGCCCCUCCUGGAGCGGCUGCAGCGCCCGGGGGCCUUCCUGGCCUGUGACCUCGUCAACACCGGGCUCUUCCUCGAGACCUUCCAGGUCUGGAAUCUCUUUUAUUUUCAUCCUCACCCUCAGCUCUGUGUUUUCAUCCUCAUCCUCACGCUUGUUCUGAGCCCUGUUUGCCCAUCCUCAUCCUGGUUCUCCUCCCUGCUUCUUCAUCCUCAUCCCUAUUUCCUCAUCCCCAUCCUCAUCCCCGUGGUUGUUCUCAUCCCUGUUCUGUUACCUUAAAUCCUCAUCCCCG